AUGCCACGUCGAGGCAAUCUCGGCGGACACCGUGUGGUGAUCGCCUCACUCUUUCUCCCCGACACGAUCAAUUUUAUCGAACCAGAAUAUGAAUCGGCGCUCGCCGAGUCGCCCGAGGAAUCCACCGCACCUCCCUCACCCCAAUCUCAGUCCGCCGAUGCGCCGCUUCCACUGCACGAGCUCUCCUCCAGGCUGGCGGCGUCCAUGUCCAGGGCGUCGUCGCAAGAACGCCAUGCGCGCUCCAUGCCCAUGCCCGCAAGGACCCCCAAGAACCGCCAGCCUUCGUUCGCAGACACCAAGAUCAACAUGAGCGAGCUCAUGUACGAAGCAGCCGUGCCCAAGCUCGACGUGCGCGAAGGGCCCGUCUCGGGUGCAUCCAGCCCGCAUGUGCAGUCUCGUAGAGGAUCCAUGUCGGAACACGCGACCAACGUCGGCACAGGGGCCGAUGCCUCGGAUAUCCCCGUCGCGCCGGCUUCGGACCAUGGUCGAGCUGCACUGACGCCAGAUCCGGCAAGCUCGAGUCCUUUCGGCACAUCGCCGCUGCCGGGGCAGACCGCUCCCUUAGUUGCUUCGGCUGUUGCGGCACCAAAGAGCCGUCGAACCAGCUUUAACACCAACACGAGCAGCGGAACCGCUCUGGCACCGCCGUCCACCGUCCCCGAAGGAACGGGCACACGCACACCGGGCGCAAGAGCCGGCGGCAAGCUAGGCAUCACCACGCCCCUCAGCAUCAUUUCUGACCUCGCUGCCAGGCGCGGUGGACCCCUUCCACCACCAACCACCACCGCCGACAGUGAGAGGCACCAUCCUUUCGGUUCCGGCGCUGUCACUCCCAUGGCAGGUGCACAGACACCCGGCAAUGUCAAUCGUCCACCAGGACUCGCUCGUGCGUUCCCCUCAUCGCUGAGCAUGACCAAGGCCAGUGCCUCCGGGUCCGCCUCAGCUGGACCUGGCCAGUUGCCCACGCUCAAGAGCCUUGCCGCAUCCAAGUCGGCAAUCACUCCAGCAAGCGCUGCCUCUGGCUCCAAAACACCAGGUGUGCCUCCAACAUUGCAAAGCGCCAAGACGGCAAGCGCAGUCGCGAGCGGAUCCAUCAACGACCACGGAAGAGGAGUCGCUCCCGUUUCGCCAGCUCAACCGCGCAGUGUAUCGACUUCAACAGCCGAGAGACCGUCCUCACGGGAGCUGCUGGGCCACGCUCGCCCAUCUCGGGAACCGCCCGCUGAGCGGACCGCCGCCUCCUCGCCCACGGCGUCCGUCAAAGGCCGGUCCAAUCUUCUCAAAGAGGCUGUCGCGAGCAACAACCCACCCACCGCGUCGUCCUCCGUCUUUAGUCGCACCAGAAGCAUGCGGUCCGUCACGCGUCGAGCCAAUCUUCGCAACUCGUCAGCCAGCCGGUCGCACCUAGGAAGGCGCACCUCGACUGCUUCUCUCGACACGGUCGCCGACGACGAUGCGGACGCCGCCCUGCCGGCCUUCGAGUUUGUCAGCAAUCCAUCUGCAAACGGCGGUCUCAUCAAUGCGGUCAAGAGUAUCGAGCGAGAACGUCUUCGGGCUGGAAAGCUCUACGUCGGCACGCCCGCUUUAUCUACAGAGGGUUGGCUCGGCCCUGCGGAGAAGCGCCAGCUCGAACAAAAGUACAUCAAGGAGCGGUCUUCCAUGCCUGUCUGGCUCGAAGAUGACGACUUUGACCUGAGCUACAACCGCUUCUGCAAGCAGAUCCUGUGGCCCACGUUCCACUAUACUUCCCCCACCUCAAAAGGUCUCGACAACGAGCACGAGGCUUUCAGGGCGUACUGGGAGGUCAACCGACGCUUUGCCGACGCCAUCGAGGAUGUAUAUCAGGAGGGCGACAUUGUGUGGAUCAACGACUACCACCUGCUGCUCGUGCCGCAGAUGGUACGCGAGCGACUGCCGCAUGCCACCAUCGGUCUCUUUGUGCAUAUCGCUUUUCCGUCCUCCGAGAUCUUCCGGUGCUUGAGCAUGCGCGAGACGCUGCUCAAAGGCAUGCUUGGCGCUGACCUGAUCGGAUUCCAGACGCACGGCUUUUGCCGUCAUUUCCGUCAGACCGUCAGCCGCAUCUUGCAGCUAGAGGCGACCCCCAAGGGCGUUCAGCUGGAGGGCAGCUUUGUCACCAUCGCGCCUUUCCCAAUCGGCAUCGACGUGCGUAGCCUCAACGCCAAACGCCGCGACCCGGAAGUCAGCGAGUGGGUCGCACAACUGCGACAAAAGUAUGCGGGCAAGCGCAUCAUCGUCGGCAGGGACAAGAUGGAUUGGAUCAAAGGCGUGAGGCAGAAGCUGCUCGCAUUCGAGGCGUUCCUGGAUGAGCAUCCCAAGUGGGCCGGCGAGGUGGUGCUCAUCCAAGUCGCGUUGGCCACUACGGAAGAGAACGAGGAGAUUGGCGAGGCCACCGACGUGGUUUCGCGCAUCAACAACAAGUACAGCACGCUCACCUACCAGCCUGUCGUCUUCCUGCACGUGCAGGACAUCACGUUCAGUCAGUACCUAGCGCUGCUCACCGUCGCCGACUGUUUCCUCGCCACGAGUCUGCGCGAAGGCAUGAAUCUCACGUCGCACGAGUUUGUCGUCUGCCAGGAAGUCAGCCAUCGUCCUCUGGUGCUGUCGGAAUUCACGGGGACCUACUCUGGACUUCGCGCGUGCAUCGGCAUCAACCCUUGGAACACGAAGCAAGUUGCACACGCCAUCCACAAGGCGCUGACCAUGAAGGAGUCCGAGAUGGUACAGCGCUGGACGGAUCUGCACCGAGUCGUGGUCACGCAGACAGCGCAGCAGUGGAUCACUUCGCUGCUCGGCCACUUGGAGCGAGCACAUCUGGAGCAGGAGAGGUUGGAGAACAUGUUUGUACCCAGGCUCGAGGUGGCACAGCUCGUGUCCGAGUGGCGCGCUGCCCACUCGCGCCUACUGCUCAUCGAUCUCGAAGAGACGCUGGUUACGUAUGAUCCACUUGCUGCUCACGAGCAAGGCGGGUUCCAGCCGCCCGAUUGGCUCUUUAAGCUGCUUAACGAUCUAGCUGCCGACAGCAAGAAUGUGGUCUAUAUUCUCAGCGGCAUGGGCACCGACGAUCUGGACCGCAUCGCAUCGCGCAUCGACAGCAUCGGCCUGGUGGCUGAGGAUGGCUGCUUUGUCAAGCACGCUGGCGAACAUCAGUGGAACAGCCUGGUGGCGCCGUUCGAUCUUCGACCAGUGCGAGAUAUCCUGUCGUACUUUUCCGAACGCACGCCGGGCUCGUACAUUGAAGAGCGUGGUGCUUCGAUGUGUUGGCGCUUCUGGAACGACAAGCUGGGCGACCGCAAUUCGCAUGAAGCGCAGUGGGCACGACGACAGUCAGCGGAAGUGGCCAACUUGAUCCAUGAGCGGUUCUCGCACUCGCUGCGCGUGGUGCCGUGCCGCACCAACUGCCUCAUCCUUCCACGCCAUGCCAGCCGCGUCGCAGCGGUGCAGCACAUCAUCAUGCAGAUGAGCAUUAUUGGAACGUUGCCCAUGCCCGGGGCACACAGUGGCAGUCAAACGUCAUCAGCCUCGACCCCGUCGUUGUCGGCGCACAAGCCGAACGACAUUGCGCAGCGUCUAGCGGACCAGCCUCACCAUGCGCCGUUGGAGAGCGCGUACAAGCAGCCGUCGAACUACUGGCCCAUGCCGACAGCGCACAGCACACGGGCCUCGUCGCCUGUCGUUCAGCACCACCACCCAGCGUCGCUGCGAGGGCAUCUUGGAUCGAUGUCGGGCCACCUUCCUCACCACUACCACCAGACGCAUACGUUUGACUUUGUGCUUGCGUUGGGUCAGGACGAGAAGCUGCUCGCGUACGUCAAUACGCUGGAUCUGUUUGCGCCGGUCACGUGCACCACUGUGGAUCUGGAGAAGAAUAGGGGAACGGAGGCCGCCUACUUUUUGGCGCAGUCGGAUGUGCAAGAGGCGCUCGAGGAGAUGGUGGGCUUCCGAGCACGCGAUUUGAAGUGGGCCAACCGGUGA